UAAGACCCUAUGAACAGUUCAUAAUAACAGAGAGUUUUCUUGUUUUAGUAGAAAAAGUUGAGUAGAAAAAACAUGGAAUUUAUUAUGACAGCCAUCUGAUCGUGCAUUAAGCAUAAAUAAAAGUUUGUUGAAGGUUGAACAGUUCAAAUUCCUUCAUCUGGCAAAUAUGUCGUUUCUAAGCACGAAAUAAAAAGAAUAUAAAUAAAGUUAUUUUAAGUAAAAGUUCUUAGAGUAAAUAUUAUCUAUUUAAAAUGUUAUUACUGACUUGUGCAUCAUACAAACUGGCGAGGCUAUGUGUAUGGUCGAGAUGAAUCUCCUAGCAGAAAAUUCGAACAAAGAUCGAACAUCGUAACGCGUUCUAUGUACAACAACAACAAAUAAAAAAGUAAAAUUUUGACUGCAUCAUGGAGGAAGACAUUGACGGUGCAAUGAUGACGAAAUUUAAAAUUUACAACCCUGUAAAAUACUUAGGUGACAGAUAUAAUAUUUAUUUUCCAAAUGAAGAAACCUCAACAGCGAAUUUUAAAACUGAUCUCAGUGGAAUAGAUUCUGAUAUGUUUUACAAAAUGGAUACAUACCCAAGAGGGCGUCUGAUAAUAAUAAACAUAAAAAACUUUCAUCCGAAAACCGGAUUGGAUGAAUUUCCUCGAGAAGGUACCGAAAUAGACGCAAGGGAAUUGACUCGGUUGUUUUUGGCGUUAGGAUUUAUUGUUGAACGUUUUGACGAUUUAAACAAAAAAGAGUUAAAACAGGUUAUGACGAUGGCUUCUUACGAUGACUACAGUAACAUGGGUGCUUUAAUCUGCACUUUUUUAACACACGGCCAUGAAAAUAUAAUUUUUGCCACAGAUGAAAGUAUCGAGAUUAAGAAAUUGACUCGACUAUUUCGUGUCUCAAAUUUGGCGGGAAAGCCGAAAAUAUUUAUCAUUCAAGCAUGUCAAGGCUCAGACUACAUGAAUAGUCUGGACAAAGUUGACGGAAUAACUAAAACUAAACCGUCUUCAUUACCUAUUGAAGCUGAUUUCUUGCUUGCUUACUCGACUGCGAAAGGAUUUUAUUCGUGGAGAAAUUCGCAGACUGGUUCAUGGUUCAUACAGACACUUUGUUCUGUAUUUCGCAAACACGCACAUAACACUGAUAUAAUUCGAAUGCUAACGAAAGUCAAUAGAAUUAUAUCAGAAAGAAAAUCACAAACGAACAUUACUGAAACACAUGACAGAAGACAAGUGUCAAGUACUGUUAGUCAAUUUAGAAAGGAAUUCUACUUUUUCCCGCCUUUUAAAGAGAGCGUAAAAAGUUAAAAGUAAGAAAUGUGAUAAAUUACUGCAAGGGUAAAAAUUAAUUUCUGUUUUGAAUAGUUCUUAAUAUUGCUGUGCCAGCUGAAGCAGUAAAGAUAAAAAUAAUCUCUGCAUCAUUGUAAUCUUGGAGGAAAGAAGUUGUAAUCCAAGUUGUAAUACAACAUCUCUUGUGUCA